GGGCCGGGGCCGGGCGCCGAGCUGGGCUGGCUGGGGCUGGCCGGGCAGGAGGAGCUGCUGCGCCUGGUGCGGCCGCCCUACUCCUACUCGGCCCUCAUCGCCAUGGCCAUCCAGAGCGCGCCCGGCCGCCGCCUCACGCUCAGCCGCAUCUACCAGUACGUGACCGAGAACUUCCCCUUCUACAAGCGCAGCAAGGCGGGCUGGCAGAACUCCAUCCGCCACAACCUCUCCCUCAACGACUGCUUCCGCAAGGUGCCCCGCGACGAGGACGACCCGGGGAAGGGAAACUACUGGACUUUAGACCCAAACUGCGAGAAGAUGUUUGACAACGGGAAUUUCCGUCGCAAGCGGAAGCGGCGCUCCGAGCCCAAUGCCGCUGCAGUGACCUCCACUGCCCCAUCUUUGGCAGGGGUGAAGGCUGAGGAAGAGCCUUCUCUCAUAGCUGCUGCAGGCAAGCUCUGUGGAAACAGCCCGUCCCCAGAGCUGGAGCCAUCGCCUCCUGCCAGGGACCAUCCAAAAAGCUCCUCGUCCCCUGGCAUCAUCUCAUCCACCCCGAGUUGCCUCAGCAGCUUCUUCAGUGGCAUGAGCUCACUGAGUGGCGGAGGAAAUCGUCUCAUGGGCAGCCUGAGCAGCGAGCUGCAUCACAGGAACUUCUCUGCCGGACAGCUGAGCGGCGGCUCCUUCCCAGGCUCUGGGAACGCCUCCCAGGAGGUGCCUCCGGCAGAACAGCUGCAGCGCGGUCCAGGGCCCUCUGCGGCCUACUACAGCUCCUUCCAUCCGGGCAGCAGCAGCCAGGGCACCCAGUACAACCAUUACUACAACUUCACAGUUAACAGCCUCAUCUACACCAGGGAUGGAACGGAGGUGUAGGAUGCUGGGCGAUCAGCAUGGAGAACAAGACUGAAGGGGGAAGGGGUGAGAGGCAAGUUAUUGGACAGCAGAGUGCCAUGUGCUUUUACAAACUGCAUUGCAAGCAGGAUGCUUACAGUGUGUUUUCCCAGAAAGAAAACUGUAGGAUGUGUUACGUGCAUGCGUGCGCGCACACACACACACACACACACACACACACACACAC